AUGGACAUUUGUAAUUUGUUGGACUUGGGUUAUACCGGUCAUAAAUACACUUGGUUCAAUAAGAGGAGGAAUUCUCCGAUUUUCGAAAGACUUGACAGAUUUUGGGCUACUCCGUCUUGGAUCCAAUUGUAUCAAGAAGCGGUUGUCCAAAAUUUGCCGAGAUUGUCGUGUGCCCAUCUCCCAACCAUACCCGAAUUGAAGGAAGCCGUGUUUUCAAUUGGAGCUUUAAAAUCCCCGGGAGAAGACGGAUUCCAUGCCCUUUUCUUCCAAAAAUUUUGGGAAACAAUCCAUUUAGAUUGUUUCAACCUUAUUUCUUCCAUUUUCCACUCAAAAACUAUUCCUACUGCUCUUAAUAAAACGAUCAUUUGUCUUAUCCCUAAAGUUCAAAAUCCAACCAAAAUCACGAGUUAUAGGCCUAUAAGCCUUGUGAAUUGUUGUUACAAAUUUGUCUCAAAUAUUUUGGCUAGAAUGCCUUUUACCAAAUUUUGUCUUCACUAUUUCAAUUUCUCCCUUGAUACAAUUGACCUCAUUAUGAGUUGUGUCACCUCCGUCUCCUCCUCCAUUUUAAUAAAUGGCCACCUUUCUAGAUCCUUCACUCCCUCUAGAGGAUUGCGCCAAGGAGACCCUCUCUCCCCUUAUCUAUUCAUUAUUUGUAUGGAAUACUUUUCAAGAAUGAUCCACAAGGAGUGUGAUCGUAAGAGUUGGAGUCCAUUCCGUUUUAGAGUGGGGAAAACAAACAUCUCUCACCUUUUGUUUGCGGAUGAUGUCCUCCUUUUUGGUCAAACCGACAAAAAAACUCUUAAAGCUUUGGCCUCAACCCUUUCUUCUUUCUACACCCUCUCCGGCCAAAAAAUGAAUGACCAAAAAAGUUCAAUCCUUUUUUCUCCCACCCCUCAAUCCAUGAUUGAUGAGUUUGAGCAAGAGCUAAACAUCACCGCAACCUCGGAUCUAGGUAAAUACCUAGGUUUUCCCCUCUCAUCCAAAAAGCCUUCCAAAAGAAACCUCCAAGGUUUGGUUGAUAAAUUAGGUGCAAAGUUAGCUACUUGGAAGAGCAAGUCUUUAACCAAGGCCGGAAGACAAAUUCUUAUCCAAUCCUCCCUUCAAGCCAUCCCUAGAUACUUCAUGCAAUCCAUUUGGAUCCCCAAGUACUUGAAUUCAAAUCUGGACUCCAUUUGCUCGAAUUUUCUUUGGGGUAGCUCGACCCAUCAGAAAAAGAUAACUUGGGUGUCAUGGGAUAAGGUUUGCAAGCCCAAAGAAGAUGGUGGGUUGGGUUUUACCAAACAUCACCAACUUAAUUCCAUUUCCCUUGCUAAAAUGUGCUGGUCCGUCUACAACAAUAAAGGAUGGGCCGCCAAUCUGCUAAAGGAAAUCUACAUUGACAAAAAAACCCAAUCCAACUCCAUUUUCCAAGGGAUCCUUCAUUUGGAAAGCUCUCUAGCCCUCCCUCUUUCUGCUAUUCAUUCUUGCUCCAAAAAUCAGAUGGAGGAAAAGAUCACCUUCCCUCUCUCGGAUCAGUUGUUUGAUCUCAUCCAAUCAGUUUUCUUCAGCGCAAACAAGGAUUCUCACUUCUCUAGUUGGACCCUAAAGAGUAAAUUUGACUCAAAAAAAGCCAAACUUGCAAUUCAAUCUCUUGAUAACCUUCAUGCGCCACCUUUCAAUUGGGAGUUGAUUUGGAAAUCUAACACUUUCCCAAAAAUCAAGACAUUUCUUUGGCUCCUAGCAUGGGAGCGAAUUCCUCACAGAGAAAAUCUAUCAAAGAAAAUACAAAAUUUCUCUCCUAAAUGUCAGUUCUGCCCUGGUGAAGAUGAGACUUGUUCUCAUGUUUUCAUCCAUUGCACUCGAGCAUCCGAAUUCUGGAACUCUGUCACUUGCCCUUCCCUUUUCUCGGGUGACGACUCUUGGCUUGAGUGGUUGUCCUAUAAUCUGAAGCUUGAUACAAUCACCUCCUAUUCAAUCCCUUGGAAUGUCAUGUUUUGUUUUGUUCUGUGGCAUUUAUGGUUAAGGCGAAACGCUUGGCUUUUUUCCAAAACAAACAUCCCUCUUUCUACUGCAAUCUCCCAGUGUAUUUGGGCUGCUUCGGAGUUCUACUUCUCUACGAAGGACCUGAGAAUGGACCUCCAUCUGGAUAUGCUCUUUGAAAUUGAGAAGAGGGAGAGCAACGCAGUAGCACUGAAAACAAUUUGUCCCCUUUGA